ACUAAAACGAACAAGGAUGGUGGGAGCCAGGAGGUUGAGAUUGCCCAUUGCCAUAAGGGACAGUACUUCGGAGAGCUUGCACUGGUCACCAACAAACCCAGAGCUGCUUCUGCCUAUGCAGUUGGAGAAGUCAAAUGCUUAGUUAUGGAUGUUCAAGCAUUUGAGAGGCUUCUGGGACCGUGCAUGGACAUCAUGAAGAGGAAUAUCACACACUACGAAGAGCAGCUGGUGAAGAUGUUUGGCUCCAACUUAGAUCUGUUGGACCCUGGGCAGUAGAUGUGAUGAUUCUCAGAGCCUUCUCAGUGUGACACCAAAACCUUCCAGUCAGCCACAGAACACACACAGAAAACAGACACGACAGAACCGUUCCUGCUGUUGUCACCGCCGCUGCCAUUGCUGUGGUUAAGGGCAUUUAGAAAUCUUGAGAGUCAGCACUGAAAGAUGGACAGAGGCUCCGCCCCCACCUCCACUUUGCUUCUGAAAGCCCAUCAUUAGACCACUUAUGUAACAAUUUACUUCAACCCAGUUUUCACAUCUUUGGUUCAGAAUGGCAUGUCUCUCCAGCAAUUUAAGUGCCUGAUACAAAGUCCAAAGUGUAAACAUCUUUUCCUCUCUUGCUGCUAAUGAUGCUUCUGAAAGUUACCCUAAGGUCUACAGAAACCUGUUGAAUAACUGUAGACCCCUCCACAGUCCUUGUCAAGGGAGGAGAUGGUACAGCCUUCAGUCUCCUCGUUUGUCUUUUGAGAAAGUUCACAGUGUGUUCACAGUUGCUGCCUUCACUUUCCCAGUGCAAGAUGGCAGCAGUUAUAAUGGAGGUCUGUGCUCUAGUGGUCCUGUCCUAUUUGCUGGCAGCUGCACAACAUAGCUGUGUCCAAGCCCAUAGUGACACUCAGAAAAGGGUCUAUUGAAGGCCCAGCAGGCCCAUACAGAGCAGAUUGAUUACUUAGAUUCACGUUAGCAAGACACUUGGACUCAGCACUCCUGCCAGGAGCAAAGAGCCAGGAAAGAUUAUCUGGGUUAGCGUUCUUGUUGUUUGUUCUUAGCAAGUUUUGUUUAACCUCGGUGUAGUUUGCAUAAAGAAAUUGCUGCCAUUUUCUAAGGAGCCAGGAGUUAGCUCAGCUGGUUAGAGCAUGGUGCUGAUACAAGGAGCCAGGAUCUGGAGGUGUCGUCGCUUCAUCUGACCUUUAGUUCCCUGAGCAACCCUGGCCAUGUCUUGUUAGCAGUUGGUCCACUGGCUGAUGGCUGUGGGCUGAAGGGGCUGUGCUACACAGAGAGUCCUUUUCCUUCAUCUUCCAACAUUGUUGCCUAGCUUGGCUAGGAAUCAUCCAUUUUGAAACUCUUACAAAGAAGCUAAUUUUUUUUAAGGAAAUUAUUUCUCUAUUUAAAGGAAUUCACUUUGGUCAUAUUCCAUACACACAUGGGGUUUGUGAGCUGACUCAGACAUUUGUGCUAAGUAUCUGUUUUCAAAACUUGGUAUCAUUGGGGAAGGGGGUGGGUGUGGCUCAGUGGCAAAGCACUUAUGUAGCAUGUGCAAAGCCUUGGGUUUGAUCUCCAGCACUAUAAUAACCACAGAAAGAAAGGUUACCAUUUAUAAACUUACUGUGAAGGCCUUUCUAACUGUCUCUCAGCUUUUGCCGUGGUCACUUGUAGUUAAGAGAUGUCCAGACUAGAUCAGUCACCACCAUUUUAGUAAUUACUUUUUCUUGUGUUCCAUGAAAUAAAGCAGGACUCUUCAGACUGCCCUAAGUAGCCUAUGUUACAGCUUUGGGAAUUGUAUGGUCAUAACUACUACUCCAAAGCAGGCAGCUAGCACUGGAAAACCUUUGUGGUGAUCCCAAAUUUUCCUAAGGUCAUUUUCUAUGGUAUUGCUUUAUUAAAUAAAUCAGACCUUGCACUUUGACCGAAUAAUACCUGGUUCUUGCAAAGGUAAGAGGUGCACUGGACUCCAGGAGCAGCCCAAAAUUCCAGCUCCCAAACCUUAGAAGGACUCUGAACCCCCACCCCAGCCUCCAUGCCAGCAUGGAUUGUGGCUGGCUGUGAAUCUUAUGCUGGAGUUAUUCCUGCAGGCUGCUAAGGGUGGGCUUUCUCAGCCUGCCCACACAUCCCAGUCUAAUCUUCAGAGUCCCCCUGUCCCCUUUCCUGCCACACUAAUGGCUGUUCUUUUAGAGUAGAAGUCAUCAAGUAACUGAGCCCUCACUGCAGUGUGACCCCUGAGUCUGCAGAAGGGACACAUUAUUAAAGGAACUAGUGUGAGUGAUGAAAGGCUGUCACCACAGUGCCAGGGCCUGACAGUGUUCCAGUUCUCUUUACAGCUUAGAGAAUCAAAGGUGACAGAGCAGGUGUUACUUCUCAAGGUCUCAGUGCCUGCGCCAGCAACCCCUACAGCUGAGCCCCACCGGGGGAGAGCCAGAUCCCUCUGUUAGCACCUCUCUUCCAGGAUUAGAGCCCCCCCUCUUCCUGGCUUUGCUAUUGACUUUGGCUGAUAGAGAGUAGUCAUCAGAUCCUUGAGGUCCAACUGCAGUAUUGUCCUUCCUUUCUGUACCCCAGCCUCCCCCACCCACUCUUCUCUAGAUUGAAUUCUCUGCAGGACAGGCUCUUGUGUUCUUGUCCGGAGUUCAUAUUCUUCAUAAAGAAUUCUGUGUCCCUGAUACAGAGGCUCAGAAACCAGCGUUGAGCUUUUCUCUGAGCAGCAUAGUGAGCAAAUUCAGCAGCAAAGUGGCAAAAAAAAAAAAAAAAAAAAAAAAAAAAAAGUUCUCCAGCUGGAGAGAUUGCAUUCACCCCCAUUCCCCAAAUUCUCUGCUGGUAAUAGUGGAGCCCAUAGGUGCUGCUGGUGCCCUGGACACACAGCAAUUUGUGGCAUGUCACAGACUUUGUUUUAAAAAGAUGAAAGCAUUUUGCACAGAGAAAGAAAAGGACCCAUGAAUGUCAUCUUUUAUCUUUCUCAGUCAGUUGAUAUUGGAGUUUUUGUUUUUGAUACACAUUUGUAAGCCAAUCUCGCCAAGUUAUGGGUUGUGUUGAUUUUUCACUACGAUUACCUCUUGUUCCUCUUGUCUUGACUGCUGACGUUCCUCUGUGAUUCUAAUGUCUAUUUUAUGGGAAGCAGCCUUCCCAAGGGGUUUCCUAUUAACACACUGCAGGGCUAUCUUUAUACUUAAAAAAAAAUGGGGAUUUUCAGAAAACCAUUUAGCCCACCUUGAGCAAGGGUUAGAUUCCUUGGUUUUUGUUGUUUUGUUUUUAAUUCAUUGUAGUAAAAAAAAUCCAAUUAAGCAUUAUUGUGCUACCUCAAAGGUAAAAUAUUCUAAGGUCAUCUUUUGGUCCUGAGUUCUAUACAUGGUGUUUGAAAUGUCUUUCAAUUGGAAUUAUUUUUUAAAUUGUUGGGGUGAAUCUUACUUUAACCUGUUUUACACUUGUGUUUUAAUCUGAGUAUAUAUGAUUAGAAAGCAAACAAUUCUUGAUCUAUGGUAUUGAAUAUAAAAUUAAAAGUCACUGACAAUUAAUCAUUGUUUGCUAUAAACAAGGUUGAGUUUUUUGUUUUUGUUUUUAAAGGAAACUCUAGGGCUCGGCUUCACUCUUGAUUAAUAAAGGCUGACAAAUCAUGUGUGA